AUGUACGAGACCCGUGUGGCAGAGCCAUUGGCCGUCGACACUAGAUCUGCCUUGGAGUCCAAAUCCCAGACCUUCGCGACCGCCUUCGAGUGUACCGAGGAGCAGGCUUCCACCCCCACGACGGCCCCCCGGAGUCGCAGUCGUGGCAGCAGCAUUUCAUUUCAGAGAAGAGACCUUGCCGCCGAUCAGUCGCCGCAGCGACAAUUCUCCGCCAUGAAAUUAUCCGCCGGUGGCCGUUACACCCCCAGCCCCGAGCCCGCCCCCGCCCUGUUCGUGCGAGCCCUGUACGAUUACGAUGCCGACGACCAUACCAGUCUGAGUUUUCGGAGGGGCGAUAUCAUCCAGGUGCUGAACCAGCUGGAGACCGGCUGGUGGGACGGUGUGAUAAACAACAACGUUCGGGGCUGGUUCCCCAGCAACUACUGCGUCGUCAUUACGGACCCUAGUGAGCUGGAGGAGGAGCAAGAAGUGCACGGUCGCGAGGAUGGCGACAUCAGCGCCGAGUCGGGCAUCGGAGAAGAGUACGAGGAGGAACCCGAAGACGACGAGGUGGACUCCGCCGGCAACCCGCGCGAUUCCCAGCCCGUCCUGCCCAUCGAAGGCACCGGUCCCGUGAAGGAGCAGGAAGAGGCCGCCUUUUGGAUCCCGCAAGCGACGCCCGAUGGCCGCCUGUUUUACUUCAACACGCUCACCGGAUACAGCACCAUGGAGCUGCCGUUUGAGAACCCGUCGACGAACGAGACCGGCCCCUACGACCGCACCAAUUUCUACGUGCCCGAUCAGACGCGACCUCCGCCGGAGUUGAUGGCCCGAGGGUUCGAGCGGGACGAAGAUGACUACGACGGUUCGGCUUCGGAGGCGGAGGGCGAGUCUUUGAUGCUUGCCUCCCACGAUUCGAUGUCCCGGAGACGCCAGUCAUUCAUCGAUGGAGUAUCCCCUGCAACCUCCAUGGACUCAUUGCACCCGCCGUCGGCCACCAAAUCGAUUAGCGAGGGGAAGAGCUCGCAUCGCAAUCUUCACCAGUCUUACGGAUCCACCGCUGCUAGCAGCACAGCCUCCCUUGCCGAUAACUUCCAUCGACCGUCGGUUUCCUCGGAGGCUCCGUCGCAUUUCGUCGACGACGGCGCCGUGGCUCCUUUGACCUGGCCUACGCUCAUCGAUAACAUGCGAAACGCCGUCGACCUCUAUCGCCAGACGCUGAUGAACGGCGACCGCUCGGAGUAUGUGAGGCGGGCGGAGGACAUUUCCGAUCAUCUGCGCAUGUUGCUGGCCGCCGGCUCCGACACGACGGACAACCAUUCGGGAAACCCGUCGAUCAUCUCCACCAACAAGGCCUUGUACCCUCACUUUAGGGAUAUGAUGUCGAAAUUCUCCAAGCUGGUGCUAUCCUCGCAUAUCGCUGCGGCCGAUUGGCCCGGCCCGGAUUCCGUGAACAAGUGUCUGCAAGAAGCCGAUGGCGUGAUGAAUGGAGUGUACGGAUACGUCGACAUUGCGAGACAACAACGCGGCGAGUCCAUCCGGCGGAUUGUCCCCGGUUUCGUGGUCGGCAGUUUUGCGGGCGGUUGCUGGCAGAACAACGGCGUUAGCCUCAGCGAGUCUGGUCCUACGUCGUUCUUAGACCAGGAGCAGGACCCGGGCGAUUCUCGCGCAGAGCCCUCCGUUCCUCUCGAUUCUGCUCUUAUCGACCAUAUCGACAUUCUGCGGCGGUCUUUCGUUGGAAGCAUUCGGCGUCUCGAGGAGCGCUUGACUCUGAACCAGAAGAAGAUCGUGACAGUGACCGAGCACGGUGCAAUCGGCGAAGCCGUCUCUGCAGCGGCGAUCAAAGUGGUUGAGCAGUUCCGCCCCUGGGUGUCGUCCGUCGAGUCCAUCAACCUGGCACCUCUGGGUACUAGUUACCAGAACCCCCAGUUGGUUGAUUUCAGUCUCCAGAAGCAGAGAGUUUACGAUGCGAUCGCCGAUUUCGUGCUCAGCUGCCAAGCGGUUUCGGCACCAUUGGGCGAUGAAUGGGCGGAGUUGCGCGGUGAUUCACUCGACGACCGGUUGAAUGCAGUGCGGGGCGUGGCCAGACAACUUGAGAACUACGUCUCUCAGAUUGGAUUCUCUCUCUCCCUUCUUCUCGAGCAGGUUCCUGAGCCCACUUCGGUUCUCCGGAGCGACAGCCGUUUGGGCGGGGAGCAAGAGAACUUCAGUGGCACGCACAGCCGCGGGGAGUCACAGACCAAGCUCCCGAAUGAAUCCAUUGGAAUACCCUCUUCUUAUCCCGUCGAGAAGGCCACUGACAAGGUGCGGCGCAACAUGGAUAAGGCUCAACGAUUCUUCGGACAGGCGCCGCCCGCUGCAAUCACCCGGGAGCCCCCGAUUCGGGAACCCGUUCGCGAGCCCGAAGAAACGCCUUGGUUCUUGAAGAUGACCCAUGAAGGGGAAGUAUUCUAUGACACCAAGAACGACAACCUCACCUUGAAGUGUGGAACCCUGUCUGGACUGGUCGAACACUUAACACGUCACGACAAGCUUGAUGCUUCCUUCAACAACACAUUCCUCCUUACCUACCGCUCCUUCACCAGCGCCUCUGAACUGUUCGAAAUGCUCACCCAGCGGUUCAACAUCCAGCCUCCGUUCGGUCUGACUCCGGAUGAAAUGCAGAUGUGGAUUGACCGAAAGCAGAAGCCCAUUCGAUUCCGUGUUGUGAACAUCCUCAAGAGUUGGUUCGAGAACUUCUGGAUGGAACCAAAUGAUGAUGCGCAUAUGCAGCUUCUGGAGCGUGUUCAUGCCUUCACCAGAGAUUCCAUCGCUACCACCAAAACUCCCGGAUCCCCCCAGCUUCUGACGGUCAUUGAACAGCGCCUGCGAGGUCAAGAUACCACCGCCAAACGACUUGUCCCAACUCAAGCGGUCGCUGCGCCAACCCCCAUCGUCCCCAAGAACAUGAAGAAACUGAAGUUCCUGGAUAUCGAUGCUACCGAGUUCGCUCGACAGCUUACGAUCAUCGAAUCGCGCCUUUACUCUAAGAUUCGACCUACUGAAUGCUUGAACAAGACGUGGCAGAAGAAGGUCGGACCUGACGAGCCGGAGCCCGCGAGCAACGUCAAGGCUCUGAUCCUUCAUUCGAACCAGCUGACGAACUGGGUUGCGGAAAUGAUCCUGAACCAGUCCGAUGUCAAGAAGCGUGUUGUUGUUAUCAAACACUUUGUCAAUGUGGCAGAUAAAUGCCGCGCUCUCAACAACUUCUCCACGCUGACAUCCAUCAUCUCCGCUCUGGGUACGGCGCCUAUCCACCGACUUGGCCGAACAUGGGCACAAGUCAGUGGCCGCACAUCGACGAUCUUAGAGCAGAUGCGACGACUCAUGGCGAGUACCAAGAACUUUGGCGAGUACCGUGAAACCUUGCAUCUUGCGAAUCCGCCUUGCAUUCCAUUUUUCGGUGUCUACUUGACGGAUUUGACGUUCAUCGAAGACGGAAUUCCAUCCCUUACGCCAUCCGAGCUGAUUAAUUUCAACAAACGCGCCAAAACCGCCGAAGUGAUCCGGGACAUUCAACAAUACCAAAACGUCCCAUACCUACUCCAGCCGGUUCACGAACUACAGGAUUACAUCCUCAGUAAUUUACAGGCUGCAGGCGACGUGCAUGACAUGUACGAUCGCAGCUUGGAAGUGGAGCCCAGAGAGCGGGAGGACGAAAAGAUUGCGAGGUAUGCUGCCGGUAAUAGAGACACGAACGGCUUGUCUUUUGCAAGUUUCGUUCUGUCUCGAUGA